CCCGCCAUUUUCUAGCCCUGAGGAGAGCCGCCAUUACCGCGCCCGGGAGGGGGCAGAAGCCCCAUUUAACUCCUAAUUAAACCCCCCCCCCCGCUAAUUAACAUCCUCCCCUCCUUAAUUAACCCCUCAACCCUUUUUGGGGGAAGCUUACUGACCUUUAGGGUAGGAAGGAAAAUGGCGGCGGCCGCUGCCGGAGCUGUGAAGCCGCGGCUGGGAAUGGAGGCGCGGCUGGGGGCGGCGGGAUGAGGCGACCCUACACAAACAAAGGGGCGUGGCCUGCAGGCAAGGCCAACGGGGUGUUACAUCAGCCUGGGAAAUAGGGGCGGGGCUUAACCCCCUUAAACCACGCCCACUCCAGGGGGUGGGGCCUGGCCUGUUUUUUUUUGGGGGGGGGGAGCCCCCCCCUUCAAUGGGGGUUAUAAGUUUGGGGGGGGACCCCUGGACCGAGGAGGAGCAGCAGCAGCCGGGAUGCAGAAGGUCAUCGGAAGGCUGGGGGGCCACCAUCUCCCCCCCCUCCCCCCCUGCCGGGCUUGGAGCUGGGAUGUGUCCCCGAGCACGGGGGAGGGGUUGGGGACCCUCCCUCCCCCCGCCCGUCGUUUUGUGGAAGAGGGGGUUCGCCUCUGCCGCCCCCGCGCCGUCCGCCUCUGCGAUGGCUCCCCCGAGGAGGGGGUCGCCCUCCUGGCCCAGCUCCAGGCCCAGGGGCUCCUGCACCCCCUCCCCAAAUAUGACAACUGCUGGUUGGCGCGAACGGAUCCGCGGGAUGUGGCGCGAGUGGAAAACCGAACGGUUUUGGUGACGGAAAGGGAAAGGGAUUCCAUCCCCCCGAAACCCCCCGGGGGGGGACCCCGACAGUUGGGCAAUUGGAUGAGCCCCCCCGAGUUGGAACAGGCCGUGCAGGAACGCUUCCCGGGGUGUAUGGAGGGCCGCACGCUGUACGUCAUCCCCUUCAGCAUGGGCCCCGUGGGGUCCCCGCUGGCCAAGGUGGGGGUGCAGCUCACCGACUCGCCCUACGUCGUCGCCUCCAUGCGCAUCAUGACCCGCGUCGGCCCCCAGACCUUCCCCGCCCUCGCCCGCGAUGACUUCAUCCGCUGCCUCCACUCUGUCGGCAGGCCCCUCCCUCUCCGCGAACCCCUCGUCAACCAAUGGCCUUGCGACCCGCCCCGCACGCUCAUCGCGCACCACCCCGACCGCCGACGCAUCGUUUCCUUCGGCAGCGGUUACGGCGGGAACUCCUUGCUCGGCAAAAAAUGCUUCGCCCUCCGCAUCGCCUCCCGCCUGGCGCGCGACGAGGGCUGGCUGGCCGAGCACAUGCUGAUUCUGGGGGUGACGGACCCGAUGGGCAGGAAGCGAUACGUGGCAGCUGCCUUCCCCAGCGCCUGCGGUAAAACCAACCUGGCCAUGAUGACGCCGGCGCUGCCCGGUUGGCGUGUCCAUUGUGUUGGAGAUGACAUCGCCUGGAUGAAGUUUGACGCUGAAGGUCGUCUCCGCGCCAUCAACCCCGAGAGCGGCUUUUUCGGGGUGGCCCCUGGGACCUCCAUGCGCACCAACCCCAACGCCAUGCUCACCAUCCGGAGCAACACCAUCUUCACCAACGUCGGCCAAACCAGCGACGGCGGCGUCUACUGGGAGGGCAUCGAUCAACCUUUGACCCCCGGCACCACCUUCACCGAUUGGUUGGGUCGAGCUUGGAAACCUGGUGACCCUCAACCUUGCGCCCAUCCCAACUCGCGGUUUUGCGCCCCGGCGAGACAAUGCCCCAUCAUGGAUCCGUCUUGGGAAGACCCCGAGGGCGUCCCCAUCGACGCCAUCAUCUUUGGUGGGCGGAGACCUGAAGGGGUGCCCUUGGUCUACGAGGCCUUCAACUGGCGCCACGGCGUCUUCGUGGGGAGCGCCAUGAGGAGCGAGGCCACCGCCGCCGCCGAGCACACGGGUCGCCGCCUGAUGCACGACCCCUUCGCCAUGAGACCUUUCUUCGGCUACAACGCCGGGCAGUACCUGGCCCACUGGUUGACCAUUGGCGAACGAGAAGGCGCCCGACUACCUCGCAUCUUCCACGUCAACUGGUUCCUCAAAGACGCCGCAGGUCGUUACGUCUGGCCGGGUUUCGGUCACAACGCCCGCGUCCUCGCUUGGAUCUGUAGUCGGGUGGGAGGAGAAGACAACGCCAGGUCCACCCCGGUGGGGUUGGUACCUCGGGAAGGCGCUUUGGAUCUCGACGGGCUUCCUAGUGUCUCCUACUCCGACCUCUUCUCGGUCUCCAGACCUUUCUGGGAGAAGGAGGUGAGGGAGUUGCGUGGUUACUACGAGGAGAACUUUGGAGAAGAUCUGCCCAAGGAGGUGAUGGAGGAGCUGGAGGCGCUGGAGGAACGUGUCAAGAAGAUGUGACGCGGCAGGACGCCGGCGCUGGGGGCGGGGGGGGUUGGUGGCCAGCAGAUGGGGCAAGGGACUCUGGAGGGCUGGUGGCCACCAGCUCGGUUGACCAGCAGGCUGGUGGCCACCAGCUUUGCUUGACGGGCGUGGGUGGGUGACCGUUGUCUUGGUUGACCAUCGACAGGCUGGUGGCCAUUGUCUUCGUUGACCACCAGGAGCUGGUGCUCACCACCAUCUUGGGUUGGGUGCCCACCACCACCAUCUUGGGUUGGGUGCCCACCACCACCAUCUUGGGUUGGGUGCCCACCACCACCAUCUUGGGUUGGGUGCCCACCACCAUCUUGGGUUGGGUGCCCACCAUCUUGGGUUGGGUGCCCACCACCACCACCUCGGGUUGGUUGCCCGCCACCACCACCUCGGGUUGGUUGCCCACCACCACCACCUCGGGUUGGGUGCCCACCACCACCAUCUCGGGUUGGUUGCCCACCAUCUUGGGUUGGUUGCCCACCACCACCAUCUCGGGUUGGUUGCCCACCAUCUCGGGUUGGUUGCCCACCACCACCAUCUCGGGUUGGUUGCCCACCAUCUCGGGUUGGUUGCCCACCACCACCAUCUCGGGUUGGUUGCCCACCAUCUCGGGUUGGUUGCCCACCACCACCAUCUCGGGUUGGUUGCCCGCCACCAUCUUGGGUUGGUUGCCCGCCACCAUCUCGGGUUGGUUGCCCACCACCUCGGGUUGGGUGCCCACCACCCGUGGCCUCAGCCCCUCUGCCCCAUGGCCACGCCCCCUUGGCCACCUCUUCCCCUUGACCAAUCGCUGCGUCCCACUGACCGAUGGCCCUGCCCCCGACCGCCUCUAUUUGCCCGCUGGCCACGCCUCCUUUCCCUGUUAACCAAUGACCGUGCCCUGAUACCAGUGACCCCGCCCCCCCCCCCCGCAACCUUCUCAUUGGCCCCUUCCCCGGCUGGGUGCUGCCUCCCCUCCUCUCCCAUUGGCCGCUGUGGGAACCUCAGGGACCGCCCCCUCCCCUGGGGGUGGGCGGGGCCUCGCUCACGUGCUUUGGGGCGUGGCUUAGAUGGACCAAUAAAAGAGCCCCCCCUCCUUGGGGGGGGUGGGGCUCGGAUGGGA